GUGACCUCUGACCUCUCCAAGGUUCCUCCCUGUCUAGUUAAAGUCAGGGUUCUUCGUCGCCGCCUCAUUCUCCUCUUCCUCGCUGCAGCCAUGUUGUCCGCUCUGCUGUCCUCCGCCCCAGCUCUGCUCCUCUCCCUCCUCAUCAUCGUGGUUCUGCUGGUUCUGUUCUCCUGUCGGGUCGGUCAGGAAGCCAAACGUCAGAACUCAUCCGGCCCGGUUCGGGGGCCCGGCCCGGUUCGGGGGCCCGGCCCGGUUCCGGGUCCCGUCCCCUGCCUGCCUCGCCUCCCGGUCCUGGGCACUCCCUGGCUGGGCGGAGGCCUUCCUCCUCACCUGCUCUUCACCCAGCUGACCUACAGGUAUGGGCCUCUGUUUGCGCUCUACCUCGGCCCUCACUACACGCUGGUGGUGAACAGCCAUCAACACGCCAGAGAGGUGCUGCUGCAGAGGGGCAAGGACUUCGCUGGACGUCCUGACAUGGUCACCACCAACCUGCUGACCCGCGGAGGAAAAGACAUCGCCUUCUCAGACUACUCUCCUCUGUGGAGGUUUCACCGCCGCCUCGUCCACAACUCCUUCACCCUGUUUGGGGAGGGAACCAGCCGGCUGCAGGACAUCGUUCUGUCUGCGGUGGACGACCUCUGCGUGGAGCUGCUGUCCCAGGGUCCGCGCGGCUUCGACCCGUCUGCCGCCAUCACCAGGGCCGUCACCAACGUGGUCUGCACCCUGGUGUUCAGCAGCUCCUACGGCCCCGGAGACCGCGAGCUGCACGAGGUGAUCGGCUACAACAACGGCAUCGUGGAGACGAUCGCCAGCGGCGGGCUGGUGGACAUCUACCCCUGGAUGAAGGUGUUUCCUAACAGAUCUCUCAGUAAACUGAAGGAGUGCAUCACCGUCAGGGAUCGACUGCUGACCCGGAAACUGGAGGAGCACAAGGCGGCGCUGGGUGACGGUGACCCCCGUGACCUCCUGGAGGCCUUGCUGAAGGGUCAGACGGGCAGUGGGCGGGGUCAGAGGUCACAUGGGUCAGCAGAAGAGGGAAUAACAGACGACCACGUCCUGAUGACGGCAGCGGAGGCGUUUGGAGCCGGAGUGGAGACGACGUCCACGACUCUGCUGUGGAUCCUGGCCUACCUGCUGCACCACCCAGAGGUCCAGGAGCGCGUGCAGAGGGAGCUGGAUGAGAACGUGGGCGGUGAUCGCGCGGUGACCGUGUCGGACCGCGGCCUGCUGCCCUACCUGGACUGCGUCAUCAACGAGGGCAUGAGGAUCCGACCGGUCAGCCCGGUUCUGAUCCCACACACCGCCAUGACAGACAGCAGCAUUGGCGGUCACGCCGUGCGCCGCGGGACUCGGGUUUUGGUCAACAUGUGGUCCAUUCACCACGACCCCCGGUUCUGGGACAAACCGGACCUGUUCAACCCAGGUCGUUUCCUUGACGACAAAGGUCAGCGCACCACACCCACCUGCUUCCUGCCGUUUGGGGCGGGACCUCGGGUCUGCGUCGGCGAAUCGCUGGCCAGGCUGGAGCUUUUCCUCUUCCUGUCCUCUCUGCUCCAGCGAAUGAGCUUCAGGCUGCCAGACGGGGUUUCCCCGCCCAACUUGCAGGGGCGUCUGGGUGUGGUCUUACAGCCGCUGCCUUAUAAGGUGGCAGUCAGUCCACGCCCAGGCUGGGAGGGCGGGGCUAAAUGACAAGGGGCGGAGCCUACAGCCACAACAAUAAAACUACUUCCUAUUUACCCUUUACUGAAUAUAUGAAAAAUAAAUAUAUUAUCUCAUUGAUAUAUAUAUAUAUUGAUGAUCUAAAAUGUCAUGUUUUCAUUUGCUAUAUUACAACAGAAAACCAUCAUAAUCAACAAAUAGAUUUACUGAAAUAAACAUUUCAAUUAUAUUCUAAUUUAUCAUUUAUUAAAUUACAGCCUGCAUGUGAUUUUACCAUAAACAGUCAUCCCCUUCAAAAUAAGAGCAUGAGUAUAAAUCUCUAGCUACUUCACUAAUUUUUUUCACCCAAAAUUUUUCAAACAGUCGAGUAAAUGAACAUUUUAGAACGCAUCUUAUUAUUUAUUUAGGGGAAGCUAAAUGUGUGAAUCGUUUCCAAAUUUAGCACUAAAUUAAAAAUAAGCUUUGUUAUAAAUAAGGUACUUUAGUUUUUCAUCAAAAUGUUUCAGCAUUAAACUUACAGACAGAAAAGUUUUAGAUUCAACAGUUUUAUUAUAUUUCCACACGUUUAGAACAGGCUGGUUUAGUUAUGUCACACACACACAUACAAACAUCCACACACACACACACACACCAACUAUUACUGCUAAUAAUACUAGUUAGUGCUCUUGUCAUUUGAAUAUUACAGGAUUUAAUCUUUUUAAAUCUUCUCCCACAGACUCAGCUGACAGAAACGCCAGUGAGGAAAUGAAGGUGGAAAAAGACAAAUUAGUUAAAAUCCUGUAAAGAGGGAAGAAACUGGCCAGUUAUAAUCCUGGUCAACUAAAAGAUCCAAAAAAGUUUGUCUGGU